AUGUGGCGCCAUUUGGUCGCCACACUGGCGCUGCUGCACCAGUGCGACGCGUGGGGGUACUGCAACGACAAGGACAUCUCGUGCGCGAACUGGGCGAAGAACGGCGACUGCGACGGCGCCAACGGCGACACCGUCAAGGCCCUGUGCCCGCACUCGUGCGACCUGUGCUCGCACUACUGCCGCGACCUCUGGUCGGGCUGCGAGGGGUGGGCCAAGGGUGGGCAGUGCACGGAAAACCCCGGCUACAUGCUCAAAAACUGCCCGACCUCGUGCGGCGCCUGUAAGCCCAAGUGCUACGACAAGGACGACCAGUGCGGAAGCUGGGCGCGCUCGGGCGAGUGCAAGAAGAACCCGUCGAUCACGGCGACGUGCCCGGUGUCGUGCGGGAUCUGCACGAGCUCGUGCAUCGACGUCGACAACAACUGCCCGGGUUGGGCCGCCUCGGGCCAGUGCAGCGAGAACGAGGCCUUCGUGCUUGAGCGGUGCCCGUUCUCGUGCAACGUGUGCUCGGAGGCCGAGCACAAGACGAAGGAGUGUAAGGACCGCGACCGCAAGCAGUGCCUCAUCUGGGGCGACCACGAGUGCAAGGUGAACCCGGGCGCGGUGAUGCGCACGUGCCCCGACAUGUGCGGCAUCUGCACCCUCGCGUGCGAGGACAAGCAGAAUGACUGCCCCAACUGGGCCAAGGACGACGGCUGCAAGGAGAACGAGGAGUUCAUGAUGGAAAACUGCCCGCAGGCGUGCGCCACCAGCUUAUUCCAUGCGAAUGCCGCGUGCGGCACCUGCUCGAAGAUCCACCCGGCCGACCUGCCCGAGCCCGGCAAGGACGAGAUGUGAGCCGCGCCGCCGCCGCCGCAGCAGCAGCAGCCGCCGCAGCCGCCGCAGCCGCUCCAGCCGCCGCGGGGGGGAAGGGCGAGGGCUCGGCCGACCGCCGGCGCAGUGCGCGUGAGAGCGUGGUACGUGAGAGCGUGUCACGUUAGUGUCACGUGAUUGAGCGGAUGGCGUCGCGGCCGCAACGGCGCAACGGCGCGCGGCUUUCGUCGCGCCGGCCGCGGCGGCCGCGGGGCGCGCGCUGCCGCCGCCGUGGCGGCCCGUGCUCGGUCACGUGUAGGUCACGUGCUCCGUCUGAGCAGCGCGCCCCGCGCGUGGACGAGAGCGCGCCGUUGCAGCCGUUGCAGCCGUUGCAGCCGUUGCAGCCGUUGCAGCCGUUGCAGCCGUUGCAGCCUGGUUGCAGCCAGAGAUGUUUAGUGCACUACGUAAACCAGCCAGCUGGUUACUGUAGGCUAGGCUUGGAGCGCGGUAAAACCGACGUACCAGAUAGAGAUAGUGUUAGUGCUAAUAAAAUUUAGUUCUGUAUGGCUCCUGCCAGUGCACCAGACGGCUCGUUGUGCGAGUAUAUGGGACACGAU